GUCGUUUAAAAGGUAAACGACAAUUGCGUCAGAAAAACGCUGGAAGAAUAUCACCAGGGACGGUGUUGAGGGAGAGAGCAGGGAGAGAGAAACAGAGAGGAGAAGUGAAAAAGAUGGCGGGUGGUGGAAAGGUUUCGUUCAAAGUGACCCUCACAUCCGAUCCAAAGCUACCGUUCAAAGUGUUUAGCGUUCCAGAGGCUGCACCUUUUACUGCCGUUCUCAAAUUCGCUGCCGAAGAAUUCAAAGUCCCUCCCCAGACCAGCGCUAUUAUCACCAACGAUGGUGUUGGCAUAAAUCCCCAGCAGAGUGCAGGUAAUGUCUUCCUCAAGCAUGGCUCAGAACUACGCCUGAUUCCGCGUGAUAGGGUUGGGGCCUCUUAGAUGUUAUGGGAUGUCCGAGUGGAUAUUGACCCUUUUCUUUAUAUAUCUGGACUGCUGUAGCUUCAUAGUAAAUUCUAAAUACUAGUGUUACUGAUUUCAUAUAACUGAGAUCAAAUGUGUUUUUAACCGAUAAGGUUUCUUUGAAUAAUGAUAAAUUUUUAGGGAAAAUUAUGUAGUUUACUGCUGUAGUCCUGUCAGCUUUGAAUGAGAGGUAGCUCUUUCCAUUGAGCAACUUCCAAGCGCCACCCUUUCUCCAGAUGAAAACAUAGCAAAAGUGUGAUGGAAAUUGAGAUGAAUCAGAUCUUUAAUACAAUAUCAAUAGUUGAAUCUCGAGGCAGUGCCUGUUACUUGUUGAUUUGUGUAUGAAGAGGAGGAUUUAUUAUUAUUAUUAUUAUUAUUUUAUGUUGGGCCAUGCAAAAGUGGUGUAUGAUUAAAAGACCUUCCGACUCUCAAUAAUAG